UUGCUCUCACUCUAGAUAUGUACUCUCGGAAUAGAUGUUCACGUUGCAGCGCAAGAUAUUAUUUACGAUGAACACGAGAGGCUGUUGGUGAUGCGAACGUGCCUGCUGGACGAUGAAAGAGUCCUGACACUGUUACCAUUUUGGAUCUUAAACGUCCACAGUGUUUGAUAGGAUAGAAAAAAGGUCGGCCACAUUUCGGUUGCGCGCUUUAUUUAGGGGUGAUUUCAUGGAGCGGGCGGACGCGUCGGAGGGUGUCAGGCUGCAGGGUCCGGACACCAGAUGAACUACAGUAAUACAUUUUAACGUGACGUUAGCAUGCUAGCUGAGGUGAUGAAGCACUGAUUGUGAAAUACUUUGAAUCGCUCACAUCAUGGCGACCAACGGCUGCGACCUGACGACAGGGAUGGGGGAAAUCAUCCAGCUGAACGUGGGUGGGACGCGGUUCAGCACCUCCAGACAGACCCUCAUGUGGAUCCCUGACUCUUUCUUCUCGAGUCUGCUGAGUGGAAGAAUAUCCACUCUUCGGGAUGAAACUGGAGCUAUAUUUAUUGACAGAGACCCCAUGGCCUUUGCACCGAUUUUAAAUUUCCUCCGAACCAAAGAACUGGACCUGCGCGGCGUCAACAUCAGUGUUCUGCGGCAUGAAGCUGAAUUCUAUGGCAUAACUCCCUUAGUGCGGCGCCUUCUGCUGUGUGAAGAACUGGACCGCUCAUCAUGUGGCAGCGUUCUUUUCCAUGGUUACCUUCCGCCUCCAGCUAUUCCUGGCCACAAGUCAAGCGCCACCUCUUCCUGUGACGAACGUUCAGAUCCGAGUGGAGCAGAGGGAUUCAGCUAUGUUGGUGCCCUUCCUCAUCCUCCCCUCCCCUGUUCACCGGGAUUAGAUGAAACUCAUAAACUGGGACCAGACCCUCGCAAGGUGCUGAUCAUAGCCGGACACCACAAUUGGAUUGUAGCAGCGUAUGCACACUUUGUCAUCUGCUACAGGAUAAAGGAAUCUACCGGAUGGCAACAGGUGUUCUCCUCUCCCUGCCUUGACUGGACCAUUGAACGCAUCGCACUGAAUGCCAAGGUGGUGGGCGGCCCGCACGGAGACAAGGACAAGAUGGUGGCCGCCGCGUCCGAAAGCAGCAUCAUCCUCUGGAGCAUCCAAGAUGGAGGCAGUGGCAACGAGAUCGGCGUGUUCAGCCUGGGAGUGCCUGUGGAUGAUCUCUUCUUCAUCGGAAACCAACUGGUGGCGACGAGCCACACUGGCAAGGUCGGAGUGUGGAAUGCUGUCACGCAGCACUGGCAGGUUCAAGAUGUUGUUCCCAUCACGAGCUGCGACACGGCCGGAUCCUUCCUGUUACUAGGUUGCAACAAUGGCUCCAUCUACUACAUUGACAUGCAAAAGUUUCCACUGAGGAUGAAAGACAACGAUCUCUUGGUGACGGAGCUUUAUCACGAUCCCUCAAACGAUGCCAUCACCGCACUGUCUGUCUACCUCACGCCUAAAACCAGUGUGAGCGGGAACUGGAUUGAAAUCGCCUACGGGACCAGCAGUGGCGCAGUGAGAGUCAUCGUGCAGCACCCAGAGACGGUCGGCUCGGGCCCUCAGCUCUUCCAGACUUUCACCGUGCACAGGAGCCCCGUGACCAAAAUCAUGUUGUCUGAGAAACACUUAGUCUCAGUGUGCGCCGACAACAACCACGUUCGCACGUGGACGGUGACCCGCUUCCGAGGGAUGAUUUCCACCCAGCCGGGUUCCACACCCUUGGCCUCCUUCAAAAUCCUCUCGUUGGAGGAAACCGAGAGCCACAGCAGCUACUGUUCAGGAAACGACAUUGGUCCAUUUGGAGAGCGAGAUGAUCAGCAAGUAUUCAUCCAGAAGGUCGUCCCCAUCACCAACAAGCUCUUUGUGAGGCUCUCGUCCACUGGGAAAAGAAUCUGUGAAGUGCAGUCGGUGGACGGGACCACCAUCUCUUGCUUUAUGGUGCGGGAAUGCGAGGGUUCAAGCCGGAUGGGCUCGCGACCUCGCCGCUAUCUGUUCACCGGUCACGGCAACGGCAGCAUCCAAUUGUGGGACCUGACCACCGCCAUGGACACUGCCAACAAAGGAGAGGAGAAGAAGAAAGACGAUGUCGGCGGUCCCACCGAGGAGGAACUUCUGCAGCUGUUGGACCAAUGUGACCUGAGCACGUCCCGCUGCGCCACGCCAAACGUUAGCCCCGCACCCUCGGUGCUGCACAACCCACGCCUCAGAGAAUCUUGCUCAAGUGUGCAAUUACAGGCUCAGGAAGUCAUUCCCGAGAACCAGGUGACGUAUGGAGCUGUGCGGCCCUACAGGGAGAGCCCCCUUCUUGCCCGCGCCAGAAGAACAGAGUCCUUCCACAGCAACAGAGACUUCCAGAACUUCAGCCUGAGUCGUGACAUCUUGGACAGCACAGAUCAGAGCUCCGGUCAUCCCGCGGACGCCCGCCGUUCCCUCUGUGAUUUUGGGUCCGAGGAGGGUGAGAGGAGGUUGUCCGCCAUGGAGCUGUGGACCUGCCGCAGCAACAACGCAAACAACGCACACGCUUCGACCGCUCCCGGCAGGACGAAGGCCGACGGCGGGAGUCAGGAAUGUCCACGGCAGACCCCGGACAGCCCCGUCCCCGGAGGAGCCGACGUCAGACGGAAAGUGCACCUGCACCCCGAGGAGGGGGACUGCGCAGGAGCCGCUGCAGAUGGGGCGAAAGCGGAGGGAAGCGCCAAGAAGAGGGGAGUGCUGGAGGUGGGCUUUCUGGGAAGGAAGAGGGCGCCCCCGGUCCCUCUCCUAUCCUCGGGAUCCGAAGGCGGCGGCAGCGACUCCUCCGCCAACGCUUCUCCUUCCCCCACCAAACUGACGUCCUGCACGUCGCCACGACACAGGAAAUUCACCGCUGAGCCGUCUAGUCAGGACAGCAGCCUGUGACCGAUUCCUCCCACGGUUCAAAAACUUGCGACUGACAGGUGUUCAGUCCAAUAUCUACCCACUAUCUCAUACGUAGGUUGGAUUCACAUUG